AUGAAAAGAACCUACAAGGAUGCAAUCUCCGCCCUCAACACCUUGCAGUCCAACUUCGCCUCCAUCGAGGCGUUCAAGAAGUUGGGCCCCAACGUCAAUCGCAACGAGCUCUCGAUCCUCGAGGUAUACGAGUACACUCGUCGCUUGGGUUACUCUCCCAAAGACUUCAAUCGCUUGAACAUCAUCCAUAUCACCGGCACCAAGGGCAAGGGCUCCACGUGUGCGUUCACCGAGUCGAUCUUGAAGCAGUACCAAGCAGAUGGUCUCAUCAAGAAGAUCGGCUUGUUCACCUCGCCCCACCUCAAGUCGGUCCGCGAGAGAAUCAGAAUCAACGGUGCCCCCAUCACCGAGUUGAAGUUCACGAAGUACUUCUUCGAGGUGUGGGACAAGUUGUCGUCCACCACCUCGUCGCCCCACGAGUUUCCCACCUUGCAGCCAUGCGAAACCGUCAAGCCAAUGUACUUCAAGUACUUGACCAUCUUGUCGUUCCACGUGUUCAUGCAAGAGGGUGUGGAUUCGGCUAUAUAUGAGGUCGGUGUGGGCGGAGAGUACGACUCCACAAACAUCAUAGACAAGCCCACUGUCACCGGGAUCUCAAGCUUGGGAAUCGACCACACCUUCAUGUUGGGCAAUACCAUCGAAUCAAUUGCCUGGAACAAGACCGGGAUCUUCAAGUCUGGGUGUCCUGCCAUCGUAAGCGACCAAUUGGAGUUUCCCAGCUCGAUUGAGGUGAUCAAGUCCAGAGCCCAGGAGAAAAACGUCUCCAGCUUGGAGAUAAUAUCUCAACAGGAUGUGCUCCCUGAAGGUGUCCCCCUUGGCUUGGCGGGUGAAUUCCAGAAACAGAAUGCUGCGUUGGCUGUGAAGGUCGCAGAAGCACAUUUGAAGAAGCUUGGUGCUCCUGAUUCAGACUUGCCAAAGUACAAUGACCAAGGCAUUAUAGAAGAAUUACCUGAGAAGUUUACCGAGGGCUUGGCUAAUGUCGAUUGGGAUGGCAGAUGUCAAAUCAUCCAAAACAAACCAGGCUAUGAAAAGAUAAAUUGGUAUAUUGAUGGUGCACACACUCUUGAGUCUAUUAAUGUCUCCUCGAAAUGGUUCAAGGACGAACAGGCCAAGAAAGCUACAGCUUGCUCGAAGAACUUGCGAAUCCUACUUUUCAACCAACAAAGUAGAGAAAACGCUGAUGCAUUGUUGACCAGAUUAUACGAGAACACCAGUACUGGUGAUUCUGAGUUCAGGUUUGAUCAUGUAAUUUUCACCACUAAUAUUACCUGGUCUGAUGGAAAGUACAAUUCAGACUUGAUUUCUUUGAACAAUUCCCAAGAAUUGAUCGAUAAACUAGUGAUCCAGAAGGGUUUGGCCCAAACUUGGGCCGACUUGGAUGCUAAGAAUAAGAACAACUCUAGAAAGCAUAUUUUCCAUGACAUUGAAACCGGGGUCAAUUUUAUCAAGAGCUUGUCCACGUCCAAUGACCACAUAAAUAGUGAGGUGGACGUAUUUGUCUGUGGAUCAUUACACUUGGUAGGUGGUUUUUUGGUCGUCCUUGAUAAUGAGAGAGAUUAA